AUGGGUGAUAACAGAUACGAUAAUCUUACUGCAGCACAAGAAGAUAAUCUAUGUGAGGACGAUGAAAAUAAUUUUGAAGAAAAUGAAGGUUUCCGACAACAAACAAAACACAGGCAACAUAAACGACCAAACUAUAAUGCAAGCGAUGAACGUUCGAAAAUAAUAACAAGUAGAACGUACACAAAUUCUAACUCUAAUUCUAAUAUAAAUGAAAAACGCAAUAAUCAACAAGGACGAAUGCAAAUGAAUAAUAAUAACAGAUAUAACAACAAUGAUCACGAUCAAAAUGAAAAUGAACAUCAAAUACAAAUUUCUCAGCAAGCAUUGAACUAUGCAGCAGAAAUACAUUUACAACCUAUUAAAUUCGAAUGUAAUCCUAAAUUUACAGAGCAAAAAUUAGCAGCCAAAGAUGGAAAUAUUCAAGGCAUAAGUAAAGAAAUUGAGUUGUACGUGUAUCUAUGUAAUAUUCGACGUUAUCCAAAUGAAAUUGAUAAUGUUAAAAUGAUUCCACAUCCACCUAAGCAUCUUCCACCUCAACGAUCUAUGAUUCUCAAAUGGGUAAAAAAUACAAUUUCAAGCGAUGAAGUUAAAGAUGAAUUAGCAUCCAGAUUCAAAUCAAUAUAUACACUAGAGGAUAUUAUCGGUACUUCGAAUACACGUAACAGGCACAUUAAAAUGGAUUUGGCCGAUGAAACUGAAUAUAAUACAAUGUUGAACAGUGGAAAAGUAACAAUUUUUGGCCAAUUACUUGACUGUGAUGAAUAUUUACCCGCACCGAAACUGUUAAUUUGUUCCAAGUGCAAUCUACCGGGCCAUAUUAAAAAGAUAUGUUCAAAUUCACAGGUAGAAAUAUGCAGCGUUUACGAGUUAACGAAAAAAUUUCGACCGCCAUGGCCUCGCUAUCAUCUUUCGCUCGCAAGAAAUGUAAACAAAUUGAAAAGAAAAUAUCGUAAAACGUUUUUUCUUAAACAUUACGAGGAAUAUAAAUAUUUGAAUGAUGUGUAUAAAACAGAAAAAAGUAAAUUUGAAGAAGCACAGAGAGAUAAAAAGUUAGAAUUCAUGAAAGCAGGAAAUAAUAUUUGGAAGGUUGUCAACAACACUUUUAAAAAAUCUUCUCCAUCUUUCCGUGGUCUAAGAAGUACAACGGGAAUUGAAAAAGAUAGCGAUAAUAUUGUGAAUGUUUUGGCAGAUUUUUAUGAAAAUCACUUUUCAUUACCUACGCCAGAUUUAAACAAUACACAUCAUUCAAAAUCCUUAGAAGAGUAUACAGCUCUGUCUUAUACUCCGAAUAUUCCUCUUGAUAAAAUUUCACUUGACGAUGUUAUUAAACAAUGGAAAAAAUUUAAACCUAAAAAGAGUCUGAAUACAACUGCAGCGAAACAGGAUCAAAUCGUUGAAGUUUUGACAAACCAGCCUAUGAACAGUAUUCGUGCCGUUUCCCAAGAAGUAAAUAUGUCGAAAUCGGUUGUUCAUCGUAUAAUGCGUCAGAUAUUGGGAUACAAGCCGUACAAGAUGCAUUUAACACAACAAAUCUACGACGAAGAUAAAGAUUUACGUGUGGAAAUGGCUGAAAUUCUCUUGCCUAUUCUUGAUACCCAAGACUAUGAUGGUGUGAUUUUCUUUUCGGACAAAGCAGCCUUUCAUGUUUCUGGAGCUGUCCAUAAACAUAACUGUCGAAUAUGGUCCGAAAGUAAUCCAUAUGCUACUUUUGAAGUUGCAUUGAAGUCACCAAAAGUUAUGGUUUGGUGCGCGAUGUCAAACCAGCAGAUCAUUGGUCCGUUCUUUUUUGAUGAGAAGACGGUGGAUCAAGAUAAUUAG